AUGGGGGUCAGGGGUGGGACGGGAGGCAAUGGAGGUAAAGGGAUCAAGGGGGCCUAUAGGUUGAGAAUUGAGUCAUGGAACAUAGGAACAUUGACUGGUAAGUCUAUAGAGUUGGCGAAGAUUCUCCAGAAGAGGAAGGUCAAUAUAGCAUGUGUCCAGGAGACUAGGAAGGAGGAGUUGGAUGAAAUUGUGCGUAGUAUUCCGCUUGUUGAGAGGCUACUUAUAAGAGGAGAUUUCAAUGGUCAUAUCGGGUCGACUGCUGGUGGCUAUGGCGAGGUGCAUGGCGAUUUCGGUUAUGGGGAUAGGAACGUAGGAGGUACUUUGCUGUUGGAUUUUGCUAAGGCUUUUGAGAUGGUGAUUGCGAACUCUAGUUUUCCAAAGAGGGAGGAGCAUUUGGUUACUUUCUAA